AUGCUCUCCUCGGGCUUGGUUGUCGCGUCGCUUGCGAGCCUCGCACUGGGAUUUGACCAAGUACUCGAGUUCCCUACCAUGGUCACAUCUGAAAACCGGACACUAGACCAGAUCCACAAGGCAGCGCUCGCUGAAGGCGGUGUUGUCACAGUCUGGCACGGCGGCGACGAGAAGAACCAGCAAGACGCUCUGAAGCAGGCGUUCGAGGCCCGUUUUGAAGGCAUGACGCUGAACAUCACCGUCGAUCUUUCCAAAUACCACGAUGUUCGCCUGGACCAGCAGCUUGCAGCUGGAAGCGAUGCUGUCUACGUAGACAGCAUCAUUCUGCAGACGCUGCACGACUACCCUCGCUGGGCUCAAGAGGGGGCCUUGCUCAGCUACGCGCCUGCUGGCUUCAGCGCCGUUGACCAUGCUUUCAAAGACGCCAGCGCGACAUGGUAUGGAGUUUAUGUUUUUUUCUGGUCGAAUGGCUGGAACUCCAACAAGCUCCGAGGUAUUAAGCCUCCGUCAGAGUACACCGACUGGCUUCGCCCUGAGUUCAAGGAUAAACUGGUCUUGACGUACCCCCAUGACGACGAUGCUGUCUUAUAUGCAUUUCACUUGAUUAUGAAACAAUAUGGUGAAUCGUGGUUCGACUCGCUUCUGGAGCAGAACCCACGAUGGGUGCGGGGAACCGCUACGCCAGCCACCAUCGCUGCAGGAAGCAAUUUCACGCAAGCAGCCUUUUUCGCAACAGGUGGCGGAUUCGGCUCGUCCGCGCCUCUCAAUUUCUCGCAGCCCACGCAGGGAAAGUACGUCUCUUGGGCUCAGUACGCCGGCAUUCUCAAGGACGCUCCUCAUGUUGAGGGAGCGAAGUUGCUCCAUAACUUUAUCCUAAGCCAAGAGUUUCAAAGCACUUCCGGGACCUGGUCUGUCCGCCGUGACAUUCCUACUCCAGCGGGUUUCCCUAACCUCUGGAACGAGACAGCCACGAACCCAACUGAGUUCGCGAAGUUCAUGGCAGAUCGCGCCACGGUGGAGAGGCUUCGCUUUUGGUUUGAGGCAAGGCUAGGGCCGGCAAAGGGACCAGACCCUAUUGACGAUGACAUCUAG